UCUUGCCGCUGAUUGGUCGGAGGUUUAAAUGGUGAUCCGCCCGCCUCUCUUUGAACGCUUUUGCGCCUUCUCGCCGCGGAAUUUAAAACGGAAAGCGAUGAGAGGACGACUUUUAUGAGAGCUGAACGACUUUGUUUUAAUCGCCCAGAAAAUCACAGCCGGUCACUUAGCUGAGCAAUAAAGAAGAAGGAAGCUGCUCAGAAACGGAAAGAAACAUUCAGUGUACAUGUGUUGGACUGUGAAGAAGCUAAAAUGAAGUGCCCACGAUACGACAUGUUCAAGGCGAAGACGAACGUGGAGAGAGGCUCCCCAGAGAAGCCCUCAGGCCCCCAUGGAAAACAUUCACCCAUUAAGAACCCCCUCCCCUUCAAUCCCAUUGCCGAGAAGGUGUCCAAAGUGUUGUUGCCCCAUGACUCCUCCAUUGGAGCAGCCCAAGACAAAGAAAACCAGACCGUCAAGAUUCACGAAAGUACUUUCGACGAGGGGCUAGAGGACAGCGGUUACUUGUCUUUGCACAACAGUCAUUUUGACGAAGGUGAAAUCCACAUUCAGGGCAAAAAAAACCAAAUCAUACCGCCCUUGCCACCUCCCACUGUGACACCCAAACAGUCCCCUCAAUGCAAAGAUGGCAUGGUUUCUGGUUGCCCCAUGAGCCUGGGAGCUGCUUCCACACCCAUGGACCACUGCAGACGGCAACCACUCGCGUAUUCUUUGUCAUCCACCCCCUCUGAUGAACACAAUGACAACCCCAACCUGCCCAUUGUGAAGUUCCAGUUGGCAGUGUGUCAAGAGCUCGCCAAGAGUUACAUCAAGAAUAAUCGGUAUGACUGGAGCAUCAUCUCCAAGGUGGCCGAGGAUCAUCUGCUGCACCAGGUGAUCGGCGGCCACAUGGGCCUCGAGUUUGUGGAUGUGUUCUCGUCUCUCCUCUCCAAGAAUAUGAAAAGCGUUCUCGCCAAAAUCUUGGCCCUGCUGGGAGACAUGGACCUCAUCAGCUGCAAGAAGGUGAGCAGAACCUGGAGGAAGAUCAUACGUGAAGAUGGUGCUGCUCUGAAAAGGUGCCAGCAAGCUGAGGAGAUGCUUCAGGAGUCAUUAAGCUCUGUGAAGCGAAAGAGUUCCGGUCUUACAAGGGACGGUAUCGUGUCGCGGGUGGUUCUGUCCUGCAUGCAGAAAGUGGCCUCUCCACAUGCUCCAUCAGCGGCGUCAUCAUCAUCAUCCGUCAACAGGCGGAAUGCCUCUGUACAGAAAAACAGCCAAUCUCGCUUGCAGUGUUCUCGCUUCAACGAAUACAUUCAGGCUGCCAGCAACCUGAAGCAGCACGAGUCCCUGCGGCCGUGCAAACAGUGCGGCUCGCCCGCCAAGCACUCGCCCAAGGCCCAGCGAGCCACAUGCAUGCGGGCCUCCUGCCAAUUUGACUUCUGCACCCUCUGCCUAGAGGCCUUCCACGGGUCCACCCCGUGCCGAGUGGUGCAGUGCCGCUCCCACUUUCCCACCUCGGGAAGUGCCUAUUCCCUCCUUCCUGGGAGCGCUCAGAGCAAGAGGAACGUCAGGAGGUUGUGACGGGCGACGGGUGGUUCGUCUUUUGUCGACUGUUGCCAAAGUGAAGGGGUUUCAAAGGGGUUUGUUUGUGUGGGUUUCUAAAUGUGUUGAUGAUUUAAAAUGAUGCUUGACAAGCACGCCUCCAUGGUCGGCACGACUGAAUGAACCGAAGCACUUGUUUUCGAAACCAUCCUGGACAAACAGCCAUGUGGUGUUUUGAGCUCACACCACUGUCGGUGAGCGUAAAACAUUUUGACCAAGACAGACUACAGAAGAAACUUGUGACACUUUAAUAUUGUACAUUUUAAUUAAGAUUUAAAGUGAUUGUAAAUAUUUAAUCGUUUUGUCUAUAAAACAUGCUACAAGAUUGUUUUAAAUAAAUGUUGGCUUCUAAAAAGUUCUAACUAUUUACUGUACUGUUUGUGUUGAGGUUUCCUUAUAAAUGUUUAAUAAAAUUUGACAUUUGCCUCUUGGAAUCACUGUGCUAAGAAUGGCAUUUGUGUGAAACGUUACAUACGUUUGUGGUGACCCCUAGCGUUUAAGUAUCAACCAAAUUUGCCAAGGCCAAUUUACGGUCCUAUUUGUCUUACUUGGGCUCAAUCUACUGAAACGAAGUCAUUCAGUUAUUGCGUUUGUUAAGUUAAACGAUCAUGUUUGAGUUUUAGUUCAAUGUCAAAUCAUGUCAUACAACAAUUUUAUAGCUGGAGCCAAAAUCUUCACUUCGUAAAGGCGGAGUCAUUUAAAUGGCGUUGAGGGGGUACCGAUUUUUCUCCUGGCUGUUGGCUGCCAACCUUCCGAUUAAAAUAAGUUGCUUUCCUGUCUUGGACUGUUUUAAAAACAGACGAUGUGAUUUGGAGCCUUGGAAGGACCUAAAACCCUAUCCAUAACUUUUACAUUUUAACAUUUAGUAGUUGUGACGUUUUAUCGAUUCUCUCUAUCCAUUACAGAAGUACGGAAGAGGAUUAGGGCCAAUGAAGAAAGAAAAAAUAAGGUUGGCAAGAUUCUGACUUUAUUCUCAGAAUUCUGACUUUAAAGUCAGAAUUCUGACUUUAAUCUCAGAAUUCUGACUUUAAAGUGAGAAUUCUGACUUUAAUCUCAGAAUUCUGACUUUAUUCUCAGAAUUCUGACUUUAAAGUGAGAAUUCUGACUUUAAUCUCAGAAUUCUGACUUUAAAGUGAGAAUUCUGACUUUAAUCUCAGAAUUCUGACUUUAAUCUCAGAAUUCUGACUUUAAAGUGAGAAUUCUGACUUUAAUCUCAGAAUUCUGACUUUAUUCUCAGAAUUCUGACUUUAAAGUGAGAAUUCUGACUUUAAUCUCAGAAUUCUGACUUUAAAGUGAGAAUUCUGACUUUAAUCUCAGAAUUCUGACUUUAAUCUCAGAAUUCUGACUUUAAAGUGAGAAUUCUGACUUUAAUCUCAGAAUUCUGACUUUAAUCUCAGAAUUCUGACUUUAAAGUGAGAAUUCUCACUUUAAUCUCAGAAUUCUGACUUUAAAGUGAGAAUUCUGACUUUAAAGUGAGAAUUCUGACUUUGUGACGUUCGUGGAGCUAUGAAUUGUGGGGGGACCGUCAGCGUGUAGCGUGACUUGAAAGAACGGACAUCAUGUCGUCACCCAGCGACUUUUUGCGUGGCCGAGGAGUGUCGGAGGACAUCCUUUCACUUUUGGAGGAGCAGAGGAUAAAGUGACUGAUGGAGGGUGCAACUCAAACAGUGGCUGGAAAUCCAGAUUUGGAUGACUUGAUCAAGCUAUGUUUUGGAUUUGGAUUCAGUAAUAAGGAAAUACUUGCGAUUUUAGCACAUAAUGCUGAAACUAUUUUAAGUAUUCGGACUCUGAAAAGGAUAUGCAAAAGACUUGGUCUUUUUCGAAGAAAGAACCAGUCAGACCUGGGAGACGUGUUGGCUUUUGUCCAGCACGAGAUCAUGACUAGUGGACAGAUGCAAGGUUAUCGGUGGCUUCAUCUGCGUGCCAUUCAAAAAGGAUUUGUUGUGUCACAAGAUACAAUAAGACAAAUUAUACAAUUUGUUGACCCUGUAGGUGUGGGAAUAAGAAGAGCACGUCGCCCAAGAAGGCGCCAAUACAACUGUCGGGGGCCAAAUGCUCUUUGGCACCUGGAUGGCUAUGACAAAUUAAAGCCCUACGGGAUUGGCAUCAAUGGCUGUAUUGAUGGCUUUAGCCGGUAUGUGUUAUGGGCGGAAGCCUAUACCACAAACAGUGACCCUAAGGUGGUUGCAAGUUAUUUUAUAAAAACUGUUUCACGCAUUGGUGGGUGUCCAGAGAGGAUCCGUGCAGACAGGGGCACAGAAAAUGUUUGUGUAGAACAGAUGCAGAUGUUUUUGCGUAGAAACCACUCAGACAAUUUUGCUGCGGAGAAAAGUUUCCUUUACGGAAGAAGUACAGCCAAUCAGCGUAUUGAAGGGUGGUGGUCCACCCUUCGCAAACAGAGUGCACAGUUUUGGAUUAAUUUAUUUCAAACACUUCAAGAUGAUGGCCACUUUUCAGGAGAUUUUCUGGAUAAAAGUCUUAUCCGGUUCUGCUUUCUCAACCUUGUGCAGGAUGAGCUGGAUGAAGUUGUGAACACGUGGAACACACACAAAAUAAGACCAAGCUUGCACCAUGAUACAGCUUCAGGUCGACCAGUCGUCAUGUAUUCAUUCCCUGCGAUGCACAGUGCCGAGGAUCAAUUAAAACCUGUUGGAACGGAAGAGGUCACUGCAUGUAUGGAAGAGUGCACUACAAAAGGCAAUUUUCCUUGUGAUGAAACUGUAUUUGAACUGUGUUGUUUGCUUAUGGAGGAAAAUGAAUGGCACGCGCCAUCAGAUCCAUUGGAUGCAAGUGACUUGUAUGUUAAGUUGAGAGAGGAAUUACUGAAGUCUAUUUGACAUACAGUAUGUACUGAUGCAAUUUUGGGAAAAUGAAGCUUCAAAUUUGCUCCAUAAA